UCAUGUUAGGGAUGUGGAGGUUCUUCCCUUUGAUCCGGAAGGCCAGAGGUUACAUACAUAUAUACAUAGAUAUAUAGUGCAAAUUAAGAAGAUGAAGAACAGUUCAAUGGGAUGUGUGAGGAUGAUGGUGGAAACCAACAAGCCUUACCUUGGAAUGGUUUUAAUCCAGUUGAUUUACGCAGGAAUGGCGUUGUUAUCCAAACUGGCAGUUACCAAGGGAAUGAACCCUUAUGUCUUUGUUGUUUAUCGCCAAGCUCUCGCUACUCUUGCCUUAUCUCCAUUUGCUUUCUUCCUCGAACGCGAACUACCAGCUAAACUGUCUUGCAAAUUACUCUUCAAGAUCUUCUUGGUUUCUUCCGGGAUUACUGUGAGCUUGAAUACCUACUAUAUUGCCCUAAAUUAUGUGACAGCAACGUUACUUGUGGCCAGCUCUAACGUCAUUCCUGCCCUUACCUUUCUCUUCGCUGUUCUCCUCAGGAUCGAAAGGGUAAAAAUGAGCGAAAGGCACGGACGGGCAAAGGUGAUUGGUUCUGCAGUGGCGCUUGGUGGGGCUAUAGUGUACAUGUAUGUUAAGGGACCUCCUAUGUUUUCAGCUACCCAUACCCAAAUUUCAAACCCGAAUGCAAAGAGUGAUUCCAUUAAAGGUUGUCUCAUAAUGCUCGGAUCAAACAUAUCAUUUGCCUUGUACCUUGUUGCGCAGGAUCCUAUUGUCAAGGAAUAUCCGGCACUAUUAAGGCUCACAAAUCUACAGUGCUUCUUUACCAGUAUACAAUCAUCAAUUUGGGCGGUGGCCAUGGAGAGAAGACCAUCAUCAUGGAACCUUGGUUGGGGUCUCAACCUUAUUACUGUUGCAUAUUGUGCUGUAGUUGUCACUGCCGUAACUUACUGGCUGAGAAUUUGGGUUGUGGAGAAAAAAGGGCCAGUUUUCGUAGCUGCAUUUACUCCAAUGGCACUCCUCUUUACAGCCAUCUUCUCAGCAAUUAUGUGGGAGGAGACUUUCCACUGGGGAAGUGCCGGUGGAGCUGUACUGUUAGUGGGCGGUCUUUACGCCGUCUUGUGGGGAAAGCACGUAGAAGGAAAAUCAGAACUAAAAUCAGAAUCAGAAGAUACCGAAGACGAAAGCAAAUCCAAAGAAGAAACUGCCUAGCACUGCGUAUGCAUUGAAACAUCAAUCCAAAUUAAAACAAGGAAAGUGUUGAUCGUUUGCUUUUAUUUGGACAUAUAUAACCAUGUGUUUGUGUUUGUGGACAUGCCAAACUUCAACAUUGUUACGGACAAAAUUAGUUUUUGCCGUAUUUGUUACUCCACGGCAGAACUCAUCUAUUGUCAUUCAUAAGUCUCAAUGAUUACAGUAUAUUUCAACUUAA